UCGGAAAAAGAAAAAUAGGUACAGAAUUGAAGAUUGAAAGCAGGCAUAAAAUGUUAAAUUAAACCCAAAAAAGUUGAAACAGAAUUGCUUUAUUAAAGUGGACAUCCGAUUGAUCUCAAAUCUCAAAAUUUGCCUUUUUAUACGGUUUAAAGUGGGUUGUGCUACAAAGAUUAUUAGAUUAGAUCUCGAAGUUGAAGUUUGCAGUCGAUGCUUGUACUCUAAUGGCGAUCAUAACAGAAGAGGUAGAGCCCGAAUCACCCAAAACGAGAGUAGACAAGAAAACUCCCCCAAAACCUACUUUUAAUCCUAACCCAGUCUCCUCAAAAUCCGACCCUAAUUCCCAAACUCAAAAUCCUUUUGCCUUCUGGUUCUAUUUCACCCUCACCAUCUCUCUCAUCACUUUCCUCUUCGUCUCCUUUUCAUCUUUGUCCCCACAAGACCCCAAAUCCUGGUUCCUUUCUUUGCCCAACUCCCUCCGUCAACACUACUCAAAUGGUAGAAUCAUUAAGGUUCAGACAUCUCCAAACCAAUCGCCAAUUGAGGUUUUUGUUUCUGAAAAUGGUCAGUUUUCUUCAUCUGAGAUUGUUUUGGUCGUUCAUGGGCUGGGGCUGAGUUCUUAUUCUUAUAGAGAAAUGAUAAGGGCUUUAGGCUCAAAAGGAGUUCGUGUUAUAGCCAUUGAUUUGCCUGGAAAUGGGUUUUCUGAAAAAUAUAGGUUAGAGAUCGAAGAAGGAACAAAUGGCAUUUUAGCGAGGUUUAAGGAAGUUUAUAGUUUGAUUCAAGACAAGGGUUUGUUUUGGGCUUUCGAUCAAAUGGUUGAAACUGGUGAACUACCUUAUGAGGAGAUAAAAUCUAGAGUUUUGGUUAAAAAGAGUGUUAAGGUUAUUGAAAUUGGAAGUGAAGAAAUGGGGAUGGUUCUGGGGCAGGUUAUAGGAACAAUGAGGUUAGCUCCUUUGCAUUUAGUUUUACAUGAUUCUGCUUUUCUUAUGGCUGCGAAUUGGAUUGCUGAGAAUUCAGGAUUCAUUAGAAGCAUAACUCUUAUCGAUGCUGGACUAAAACCAGCUUUACCUACGUGGGUUUUGAACAUACCUGUGGUUAAUGAGAUUGUGUUGAGGUUUUCAUUUGUGUAUGCAAGGUUGAUAAACUUGUGUUGCUCAAAGAGGAUUGAUUGGUCGGAGUUGGAGGCACAUAGAUCACUUUUAAAGGGAUGGGAUGCGAGAAAAGCCGUUGUGGGGAUAGAGAAAAAGCUGAAUUAUAGUUUUAAUAUAGAGGAAUGGGGAGGUUUGGAUGGUAUAAAAGGCAUGCCAAUGCAGGUACUUUGGUCUAAUGAUUGGUCUGGCGAAUGGAGUAAAGAGGGUCGACAAAUUGCUGAGGCACUUCCUGGGGCAAAAUUUGUCACUCAUUCCGGGGGGCGAUGGCCUGAGGGAAGUGUUGCUGGUGAAGUAGCUGAGAAUGUAGCUGAGUUUGUAUGUUCAUUACCAAAAACAAUUAGACAAGUUGAGGAAGAACCCAUUCCUGAGCAUGUUCAGAAGAUGUUUGAUGAAGUAAAAGACACUGAUCAUCAUCACCACCAUCAUCAUGGUCAUGCCCAUGGUCAUGAUCAUGAUCAUGCAGCUGGAUUUAUGCAUGCGUACGGGCUUGGUCACACAUGGGGCAGUUGAGAUGUGUUUUUCCACGGUCAUGGUGUGAUUGUAUGGCCUUUGGUCAUGAUCAUGCAUAUAGAUUUAUGGAUGCAUAUCCCUUGGUCACACAUGGGGCUGUUGAGAUAUUUCUUUUCCCUGUUUUAAAGGACUGGAUAUAAGUUUGAGGUUUUGAUCUAAUGGUGCCAUCAUCAACUAGAUAUGUUUCUUCCUAUUUAAAUGGUCUGGAUUUAAGUUAGAGACUUGAUCUAAUGGUGCCAUCAACAGCAUCAUCAUCAAUGAGGUGUGCUGUUUUGAGGUACUUUUUUUAAGUUUUGUUCAAGAUUCUUACAUUAAAGCUGUAAUCCUUAGCAUAGGAACAUGUUUGGUAAAGCUUGUUAGACAUUUUCCAAUUAAUGCUUGAUUAGAGCAUUCUAAGCCAAA